CACUGCUCCGCCGGGUCGGGCGGCAGCACUGGGCAUGCUCAGUAGCCGGGGCAGGUUUGUCGGUCGCAAGUAGGAAGCUUUUUGCACUACACCGGAGACCGGGAGCCACGGAUCCCGCCGCACAGCCCGCACCGCCGCCGCGCCCGCCCCAGCCCGUCCGUCCCCUGGCGGGCGCGAUGAACCCGCGCCUGAGCCUCAGCCGGCCCGCUGGGCACUGAGCGCGGGCGCCCAGGGCGCGUUGCGCAGCUGCUCCUGCGCACAACCCCGCUGCCGCCGGCCCGCACCGGCCGCCCGGAGCGAGAGGCUGGUCCGUGCACUGCGCCCGGCGCCGGCCGCGGAGCAGGAAGCGCAGGCCACGCAGGGACCCAACUGGAACAAAGUGUCUACCGCCGGGUGCCGCGCCCCGACCCCGCCGCGCCCCUGCGCCGCCCACCAUGGCCUCCGAGGAGCUGUACGAGCAAAAUAAUGCGGUUCCUGCAACAGUCUCAGAUCCCGAUCAAGUGUCCCCUGCAGUUCAAGACGCGGAGACUCAGGUGGAAAGUAUUGUUGACAAAAGAAAGAACAAGAAAGGGAAGACAGAGUACCUGGUGCGAUGGAAAGGCUAUGACAGUGAGGAUGACACAUGGGAGCCGGAGCAGCACCUGGUAAACUGUGAGGAAUACAUCCAUGACUUCAACCGGCGCCACAACGAGAGGCAAAAGGAAGGUACCCUGGCUCGUGCCAACAGAGCCUCCCCCAGCAACGCCCGGAAGCAGAUCUCCAGGUCCACCCACAGCGCCCUCUCCAAGACCAACCCCAAAGCACUUGUGGUAGGCAAAGAUCAUGAGUCCAAAACCAACCAGCUGUUGGCUACCAGCCAGAAGUUCAGGAAAAACACAGCUCCAUCUCUUGCAAACCGCAAGAACAUGGACCUCGCCAAGUCAGGGAUCAAAAUUCUCGUGCCUAAGAGCCCCAUUAAGGGCAGGACCUCGAUUGACGGCUUCCACGGGGAGAGCCCUGAGAAGCUGGAUCAGGGUGCCGAGGACACUGUAACCCCAGAGGUGACUGCAGAGAAGCCCACUGGGGCUUUGCUGGGCCCUGGUGCAGAACGAGCCAGGAUGGGGAGCAGGCCCCGAAUACAUUCACUAGUGCCUCAGGUUUCUGGCCCCGUGACUGCUGCCAUGGCCACGACCUUAGCUGUUAAUGGAAAAGGUUCCCUUUGUUCUUCAAAGGAGUCAUGUGAAGUAUCGUGUCCUUUCUCACUGCUGAGGCUGUUCUACAGUUGUGUGUCACAAGGUACAUCUCCAUUCAUGGAUGCGCUAACAGCCAACGGAACAGUCACCAUACAAACAUCUGUAACAGGAGUGACAGCCGGGAAAAGGAAAUUUAUUGACGACAGAAGAGACCAACCUUUUGACAAGCGGUUGCGUUUCAGUGUGAGGCAGACAGAGAGUGCCUACAGAUACAGAGAUAUUGUCGUCAGGAAGCAAGAUGGCUUCACCCACAUCUUGUUAUCCACAAAAUCAUCAGAGAAUAACUCACUAAACCCAGAGGUGAUGAAGGAAGUGCAGAGCGCCCUGAGCACAGCCGCGGCCGACGACAGCAAGCUGGUGCUGCUCAGCGCUGUGGGCAGCGUCUUCUGUUGUGGUCUGGACUUUAUUUAUUUUAUACGACGCCUCACAGAUGACCGAAAGAGAGAAAGCACUAAAAUGGCAGAAGCUAUCAGAAACUUCGUGAAUACUUUCAUUCAGUUUAAGAAGCCUAUUAUUGUAGCUGUUAAUGGCCCAGCCAUUGGACUAGGAGCAUCCAUAUUGCCUCUUUGUGAUGUGGUUUGGGCUAACGAAAAGGCUUGGUUUCAAACACCCUAUACCACCUUCGGACAGAGUCCAGAUGGCUGCUCUACCGUUAUGUUCCCCAAGAUUAUGGGAGGAGCGUCUGCAAAUGAGAUGCUACUCAGUGGGAGGAAGUUGACGGCACAGGAGGCGUGCGGCAAGGGCCUGGUCUCCCAGGUGUUUUGGCCAGGAACCUUCACGCAGGAAGUCAUGGUUCGAAUCAAGGAGCUGGCCUCAUGUAACCCAAUUGUCCUGGAGGAAUCCAAAGCCCUGGUGCGCUGCAAUAUGAAGAUGGAGUUGGAGCAGGCCAAUGAGAGAGAGUGUGACGCACUGAAGAAGAUCUGGGGCUCGGCCCAGGGCAUGGACUCCAUGUUAAAGUACUUACAGAGGAAAAUCGAUGAGUUCUGAUUGGCAGGCUGAGCAGGACACCAGCGACUCCCACUUGCUACGGUCGUUCUUAACAGUAGCUUGUGUUUGGAGGCAGACCUGGGAACAUCCAGGCUAUUUAUUGCCGACGCGUUUUUAAGUACUGUAACUUUAAAAUAACUACAAGGCU